CUUCCGGUUUCUGUGUUGUAGUAGCACACGUUUUCAACGAGAGUGUGUGGCGGCGGCGGCACCGUACGUGUUUGUGUAGAAAGAAGUUGAGUGUGCAGCGGCAGCAGUGUGGGGGAGGCAGCGACCCGAGACAACACAGCGGACAUGUCGCGCGGCAUGGAAGAAACCAGGGACAGUUAUCUAUACCUCAACACCAACUCGGACACAGCCGAGAAGACUUACCCUCCCAAGUUGAGAGUCAAAUGGAGUCAGGAAGAGGAUGAAAAUCUCAAAUUUCUGUUCAACAAAUUUCCGGACGAUUGGAGAACCAUCGCCUCUCUUUUAGUCGGGCGGACAGUAAUCCAGUGCAGGCGCCGCUGGCAUCAACUUCUGAAUCCUGAUGUAGUGAAAGACAACUGGACCAAAGAGGAAGAUGAAAAGAUAGCAGAGAUGGUGGGCUUGUACGGCACCAGCCAGUGGUCUUUUAUUGCCAAGUCCUUAAAAGGGCGGUUGGGGAAAGAUUGUCGUUUGCGCUGGCACAACCAGCUUGACCCACAGAUCAAAAAGAAACCCUGGACUAAUGAAGAAGAACUUAUCCUCUACAAAGUCCAUUCCGUCCUAGGGAACAAGUGGGCUGAGAUUGCCAAGCUGCUCCCUGGAAGGACAAACACGUCCGUGAACAAUCACUGGAACUUCCACAUGAAACAGAAGGUGUAUCUGGGCUUGUUCAAAAGUGCUGCUGAAAGCAUUUCCCUUGAUACUCAUCCGUCUGCGGAAGGACAGGUCAGGCAGAACUCUGAACAGGAGGCGGCUGAUCCACCUCAAGAAGCUUUGGCCUCAUUGGGAGAGGUCUCCUCUCCGAGUCCCCACUUGACCCCCAGCUCGAGUCCCAGUCCCAGUCCCAACUCAGGUGCUCCACCAGCAGCCACGGCGGUGGACCAGAAAAAGUUUGUUGAUGCAGCACUGAGGAUGAUUGCUGACGACAUGCUGCCAUUCAGUUUUUUGGAAGGCGCAGGCUUUAGGAAUUUUGUCAGUUCCAUUAGCCCUGAAUACAACAGGCUAUCCCAGCGGGCCAUGAGCUUGCAGCUCUACAAUGAUGUGGAAAGAACAAUCAAGCCUCAGCUGAUCCGUGACUUUAAAGCCUGCCUUGCAAGCAACAAAGAGGGUGAGAAACCCAUUCAUGUCACGUUUGACCUUUGGGCCGGGAAUGAGUCCCAACCAGUGGAGGAGCCCGUCGUCGUCGUGCAGCUCCACUUUGUCACUGAUUCCUGGCAGAUCCGGCGUCCCAUCGUGGCUUUCCGACAUCUACGCCACAAAAACCUCAGUGCCGCUGUGGCCAGAGAGCUGGAAGACGUGCUGCUCAGCUACGGCAUAUUUCCUCGCAGCAUCGGCUUCAUCCUCCCCAACCAGGCCAAAGAAACCUUGUCAGAGAACAAGUUGUUCUGCGACUACAAAAUCAUCUGCUCCGCCAACAAGGGAGAACCAAACGGGAAGGAGACACUGACAUUUUUAUCCAACCAGUUGCCAGAAACCGCGUCCCCUUUUUCGGAGACGCACAUCGGGAAAAGGAUCACCUGUGUGGCCAGAACACUGCAGCUAGUGAUCAAGGAGGCCCUGAGGAACUCCAGAGUGGUGGAGAACAUGCUCUUACAGGUCAACAACGUAGUGGCUUUCUUUAGGAACAGCGCCUACUGGAGUGAGGUUUUGCUGAGGGAGUGCAACGUGUCUCUGUGCCCAUCUUCCAGUAGCUGUCGCUGGAACUCCAUGAUGCUGUCUUUACGCCGCAUGGUGCAGGAGUCUGCUUGGAGCGCCGUUUUAAAGGUCCUUGCCCUGGCCCGCAUAGAGGCCAGAGACACAGCCAGCGCCCCUCCACUGAUCAUGGUCAAGAGGGAGCAAGUUUUGGACAUCCUAGGUCUCCUUGAGCCCUUUGAGGAGGCCUUACAGGUCCUGCAAGGAAAUGGUGUGACCAUAUCUUUCAUCAUACCCUCCAUCAUUGGACUGGAUAAAAUCUUGGAAAGCAGUGCCACCAACUACAUCCACUUCAACAAGGCUCUGCGCACAGGCCUCUACACACAAUUCCAAUCCCUAAUUCACCAGAGGGACAUGAUACUCGCUGCUGUGCUUAACCCUAGGAUAAAAAUGCAGCCGUUUGCUGAUGUCAAACUGGAUUACAAGACAGGUUUCCUGUCUCCUCCAACAAAGCACCUUGCUCACACCAUCAUGGAAGCCACAUUAGAAAAAAUGGGGGCCUUACCACCUCCCUCUGUGCAAGCUGAUAAAUACCAGAUCAAGAAGGAGUUUAAACAAGAGCCCGAGGACCAAGAGGAAAAUCAGACCAACACAUUAAUGGAGGCAUCUGGUGCCUGCGAAGAUGAAAACAACCGCGAUGGAGUCUGUGGAAAUGAACUCAAGCGCAAGUCCAUCUUCAACUUCCUCCACCUGCCUGCAAAGACCAUAAAGUCUGAGUCUGAGCUUGAUAUGUACCUGGCUGAACCGCUGUGGGACAGCAACUCCAGUCUUCUGUUUUGGAAAUCUGCUGAUCGGUUUCCCAUGCUCCAGGCAAUCGCCAAGAAGCUGCUGGCAGUACCGGCCACCUCAGGCGGCUUCGACAAACUCUUUCCAAUGGCUGCAUGUAUUGUAAGAGCCAAGAGUAACAACCUUCCGCAUCACACCACAGAGAGACUGCUUAUAUAUAAGGACUCCACAAAGACUGUUAAAAAGCACAAUGGGGCCAGUAAACACUGAUGGACCCAGUCAUGAAUGGCACUGGUUGAUCUUUUCUUCAUACUCACUGUUUUAUGCUAGUCACAUCACAUUAAACAAAAACUCAGCCUUCAUUAAACUGUAAAUGGUGUUUGCACAUCCACAAUCUCUCAAUAUCUCAGACUUGGAUAUCUUGUGAAGCUGUAAAGAAGGUUCAGGUCAGAGGAGUGAACAGGGAUUUGCAUUUUGCAGCUUUUUAGUUCAAACUAAAAUGAAAAACACAAACCUGCCGUAAUACCAUCAAAAUUUUGUUUACGAUGCUUAAAUCAGAUGCAAGAACACUGCUACACAUCAACUGUUUUCUAUUGAUGGAGAAAUGUGCUCUCCUCUGUGCAGCAGGUCAGUGGACAGCUGAUGACUGAAUGUUUGUAAAGGUUUUUAUUAGUUGUACUUUGUUGGCUCCUGACAGUGAACUGAAUGAGAAUGCCAUGUCUUCUUUGUUUAUAUCUUUCAUUUUUAUUGGCCGUCUUGUCAUUGCGCAGCAAGGAGUUUUUCUCAAGAUGCAGACAGCUUUCUGAACAGUUUUCCUCCUCUACAUCCCAGUUUCAUUCAUUCUCUACAAUAUAAGGUUUGGCUGUUGUAGAUUGGCAGGGUUAGAAGGUUAGAAACAAACUGAAGUUCACAUUGAAUAACAGUUGACUGAUUUUGUUUGUAGACUGGUUUAAACUUCAGUCGUUUUGUGUCUCCACAUGGAAGUACCCAGAGAAUGUUUGUGUAUGAAGUAUUGAGGACAUUUUUUUCUCUACAGCUUCUUUACAGCCCAGUGUUUUCAUUCAUUUCGGAGAAGUUUUCUUAUUUGUAACACCAUGUGCCUAAGAAUAAAACUAAUGCUGCAAUAAGCUUGGAAUAUUGA